CUCCUUUCUCCACUUUGUGAGGAUGAGGAAGAGGAGGAGGAGGAGGAGGAGGAGCAGAUGAAUGCCAGCCUGGGAUCAUCCACCAACAUCUCCACCACCGACAACAACCCUCCUGUGAGUGGGACCAGCACCGACUUUAAUCAUUAUUAUGGGGAUGGAAGAGGAGGGCCUUGCUUUGAUCAACAUGGCGGACAACAAAGCACAGGGACUGGGGUAACAGAGGCUCGAUCAGUACACAGCACCAUGGAUCAGGUUCAGAACUCCCACGAAGGCUUUAACAACAACAGCCCGUAUAAUAACCACUACCCGAACUACCGACCGGGCUAUGGCAGCAGCGGGUACGGGGGUAUGAUGAGUCCCUCUCGGCAGGGGAACGAGCUGACGGGCCCGGGCAGCAGCAGCAGCAGCAGCAAGGCGGGGAUGAGUGCUGCCAGCUCCCCGGCUGGAGGAUACCAGAGGUUCCCUGGGCAGAGUCAGCAGCAGAUGCACCCCUCUGGAGCUACACCGACUUUAAACCAGUUACUAACCUCCCCCAGCACCAUGAUGCGAGGGUAUGGAAGUUAUCCUGAUUUUAAUAACCCUUCUGCUCAGCAGCAGCAGCCGAACAUGGGGCUGGCGAAAGACAUGGGCGCCCAGUUCGGCUCUGCUGCUGCUCACGGCUGGGGAGGACAACAAAGGAACCACCCGAGCAUGAGUCCAGGGAACUCCGGACAGGGCAGCAGCAGACCCCAGGUGGUGUCCAUGGACCCGAUGGCGAUGAAGCGCGCGCAGCUCUACGGCAUGACCAGCAACCCGUACACCCAGCAGCAGCAGCAGGUGGCGCAGCAACAGCAGCAGGUGGUGCAACAGCAGCAGGUGGUGCAACAGCAGCAGGUGGCGCAGCAACAGCAGCAGCAGCAGCAGCAGCAGGGGGCGCCGUACCCCGGACAGUCUUACGGAGCCCCGACCCCUCACAGAUACCCGAUGGGGAUGUCCAGCAGAGGGCAGAUGGGGAUGGGCGGGAUGCAGUACCCUCAGCAACAGAUGGGUUCUCAGUACGGUCAGCAGCAGACUGUGGGCGGUUACUGUCGGCCAGGCCAGCCGCCUUACUUCAGCCCGCCACAACGGCAGCCCGCCGCCCCGAGCCAGCCGCCAUACAUGCAGCCACGCCCACUUCCCCAACAGGAGGUACCACAAGAGGCGUAUGGUGGGCGGGGCCAGUCUGCCGCAAUGACUCCUGGGAAAUUGAACCACGAGGAGUUGGGUUUGAGCCAGCAGGAGCGUCCGUCCAGCCUCCCUGAUCUGUCCGGCUCCAUCGAUGACCUGCCCACCGGCACAGAGGCAGCGGUGAGUUCAGGGCCGUCUGGAUCCGGCAGUGCUCAGGGCGACCAGGGGACGCCAGCCCGCUCCCCCUUCUCUCCUCAUGUGUCACCCCGACUCCCCCCUCCAGCUCGGACCGGACCCUCCCCGUCUCCCUCGCUGUCCCCUGCUGGAUCCAGCAACCAAUCACGAUCUGGACCUAUGUCUCCCGCCAGCAGUGGACCAGGCUCUCAGCUGGGUCCUCAGGUCCCUGGUCCUGGAUCAGACGUUGGUCCUCACCCUUCCCAGUCUGCCAUGAUACAGGACAGAGGUUUUCCUCCCUCCAUGCAGCGUAGCACCCAGGGGCCUCAGUUUGCGCCCCAGCAAUCAGCACCCAUGUCCCCUCAAUCCCAACCAGGGGGGCCCAUGCACCACAGCUCCUACCAGCAGGCUAGCUCAUAUGGCCAGUACGGACCCCCAGGUAACUUCCCCCGGCCCCCCCACUAUGGUGGAGCGCCCAGUGCCAACUACAGCACCCCUGUCCAGGGUUCCAGCUUAGCCAACAGCUUGGGUUUGAACGCCAGCAGUCCCAUGCACGGGCAGGGUCCGUCCACGCCAGCAGGCCGCGGUCCAGGACCAGGACCCGGAGGUCGGCAAUACCCUGCAGGAGGGGGCGCCAUGGCUCCCACCUCCCCUGGCAUGCCACAGUCUGCAGGGCAGGGCAUGGGGCCUCCGGGGCCUAACGCUGGUCGUAAACUACCCGAGGUGGGACCCAAUGCCGGACCGAGUGCCAACUCCUCGUUAUCCUCGACGUCUGCCACAGGCGCCCCGGGGAGGCCUCCCUUUGCUCGCUCACCGGCCGUCCACACCCAGUCUUGGCCCGGGAGCCGGCCUGCUCCCUCUCCUACACCUCACCCCUCUCACCCUCACCACUAUCCUCACGCUCCUCCCCACCACUCACAGCAGGGAUCGUAUGCUCAGCCACAGCCCACCAUGCAGACCCCCUCAGAGCAUUAUGGGCAGGGCAGCUACAUGGGAAUGCCACCAAUGGGAGGAAUGGGCCCUGGAGGUCCUGGAGGGCCUGGAGGUCCUGGAGGGCCUGGAGGGCCUGGAGGGCCUGGAGGGCCUGGAGGGCCUGGAGGGCCUGGAGGUCCGUACAGCCAGCAACCAGGCGGCAACUCCGGGAGGAUGACCCCACAGGGACCUCCCUACAACCAUCCCUCAGGUCCCAUGAUGAUGUCAGUGGACGGGAUGGGCGCCCAUCCAGAUGUCAAACAGAGAGUGGAGCUUAUCAAAGAUGGCAUCUGUCCUGUUUCUGAACCUCUCAAACCUAAGGACGGGUACGGCUCUCAGGGUGUGUCCAAGCCCCUCACCCCAUCCCCCAUGUCCCCCAGCUCUGCUAGCCUGUCCUCCUAUCACGGGGAGGACAGCGAUAGCAUCAGCAGCCCCGCCUGGCCAAGGACGUCGACAAGCCCUAAGCCCAGCGCGGCUACCAUGACCAACCAGAAGAUCACCUGUUUGUACGAGAUGGGCUCUGAGCCAGAGAGGAGGAUGUGGGUGGACCGGUUUCUGUCCUUCAUGGAGGAGAGGGGGACACCUGUCCCUAACCUGCCUGCCGUCGGGAAGAAGCCUCUGGACCUGUGCAGACUCUACCUGUCUGUCAGGGAGAUCGGAGGACUGGCCAUGGUGAGUAAGAAUAAAAAAUGGAGGGAGUUGUCGUCUCGGUUGAACGUGGGGACGUCCAGCAGCGCGGCCAGCUCUCUGAAGAAGCAGUACAUCCAGUACCUGUUCGCCUACGAGUGUAAGGUGGAGCGAGGGGAGGAGCCUCCGCUCGAGAUCCCGGGGGCCACCAAGAAAGCUCCGUCGCUGCAGGCCAAGAUCCAGCCUCCUUCCCCAGCCAACUCGGGCUCCCUGCAGGGCCCCAACACGCCUCAGUCCAGCAGCAGCUCCCUGACCGAGCCCCCCGGGGACCUGAAGCCGCCGACCCCUGCCUCCACGCCGCACAGCCAGAUGGGACCCCAGCCUGGAAACAGGAAUAUGUUGGGAGUGAGCGUCCAGGACCCGUUCGCUGACGGCAGUGACCAAAGCUUCCACAACAAGCGAGGACCAGGACCCGGCGGCGCCCCCUACCAGCAGGGAGGAGGAGGAGGAGGUCCAACAGAUGCAUCAAUGAGGAUGCAGUAUGACAACAAGGAUCCCUACGGAGGAGCGAGGAAAGGUCCUGGGCCUGGUGAAGCCUUCGGACCAGGUCAGAUUCCCAGUGGUGCCAUGCAGGACAUGUACCCCCGUGGGGGUCCGCCACCAGGGCCCCUGACAGGCAUGGGCCCCAGACCCCAGUUUCCUUACGGUCCGGGCUUCGAGAGGAGGUCGGAUCAUGUGAUGGGGCCAGAAGGAGGCAUGGCGACCCCUGGUGGUCAGAACAGCAUGGGUCCAUCUGGAAACGAGGCCGGCAUGUACCCCGCCAACAGAUUUCCCCCGCAGAGGCACGGACAUGAUGGGUACGGGCAGCAGUUUCCUCCCAGCAUGGCCUACGGUUCCCAUCAGACCCUGUACCCCCAGCAGCAGCAGCAGCAGGGCUACAAGCGUCCGAUGGAGACUCUGUAUCCUCCGGCGAAGCGUCAUGAAGGAGAAGCGUUUGGCGGGCAGACGUUCAGCUCUCAGCAGUCCGACAUGUUCGGCCCUUACAGCGGAGGAGGAGGAGGAGGAGGAGGAGGUGGAGGAGGAGGAGGAGGAGGAGGAGGAGCCGGCUUUAUGGGCCCUGAGAGGCGGCCUGUCCAGGGCCAGUACCCGUAUCCGUAUCCAAGGGACCGUCCGGGGCCCCCACAACACGGCAUGAUGGGCUCUGGACCGCCAUCGGUGUCCGAGGGUCCGCAAGCCAACAUGUGGCACCCCAGAAACGACAUGGGUUACUCUUACAACCGGCAGGGGCCGCCCUACCCCGGCGGCAUGGGCCGAGGGGAGGAUCAGGAGGGCCGGGCCCCCCAGCCCCAGGACGGCCAGUGGCCCCCAAGUCAUGCAGGCCAGCGGCAGCCACCUUACCCCCCCCACUCCUCUUCCUCCCCCUCCAUGAUCCCCCUGACCUCCAGACAGCCGUCCUCUUCCUUCCAGGCCGCGCCGCCCACCAUCCCUAACCACGUGAGUCGCUCUCACAGCCCCUCCUCCUUCCCCCGGCCCGUGUUGGGCUCUCUGUCCCCCAACAGCACCCCCUACAUGCCCUCCAUGAAGAAGCCAGGUCACUCAGGCGUCCCCCCGGGCCCCUUCUCCUCUCAGAGCCUUCACCUCAUGCACAGAGAUAUCAACUUCCCGCCCGGCUCUGUGGAGGCCACGCCCCCCAAACUGAAGGCACGGCGCCGCCUCACCUCCAAGGACACGGGAACUCCAGAGGCGUGGCGAGUGAUGAUGUCACUGAAGUCCGGGCUGUUGGCGGAGUGCAGCUGGGCUCUGGACACGAUAAACAUCCUGCUGUACGACGACAGCACCGUGGGAUCCUUCAGCCUCACUCAGCUGCCCGGUUUCCUGGAGCUCGUGGUCGAGUAUUACCGCCGCUGCCUACUCAAGAUCUUCGGUAUUCUGGAGGAGUAUGAGUUGGGGACGGGGGGCCAGAAGACCCUGCUGAAACCUCUGACUCACCUCCUUCAGGAAGAGGAGGAGGAGGAGGGGGAGGAGCCAGCUGCCUCCUCUGAGUCUGACGGCCAAUCAGAGGAGCAGAGGAGGCCAGAAGAGGAGGAGCCAAUGCUCACAGCUACACCUGAGGAGGACAAGGAGCGCCCUGUGGUCAAAGAGGAGGUGGAAGUAAAAGAGGAGCACCAGGCGCAGGAGGAGCCCCGCCCCCAACAAGCCAGCAAGUUCGACCGGCUGCCGAUCAAGGUGGAGACGGGGGAGGAGUGGGAGAAGGUGGAGGAGCGCUGGGCCGAGCUCAGCCGGCCUAAUGGCUUCAUCAGCGGCCUCCUGCACUGGGAGGCCGGAGGAGGAGACUCCACGGCUCACAUCCUGACCGGAGCAGAGGGGGAGGAGGGGAGAGGAGGAGGAGGAGGAGAAGGAGGAGACAACAGGAAGGAGGAGGUGCAGGGAGGCGAGGAGGAGAACCUGCCAGGUGGGGAGGAGACGCCGUCUGAAACACAAGAAGACUCCAUAUCAGAGGUCAGAGCUCAGCAUUCCCCCCUCCAGAGUCCCAUCAGUCCCCUGGAGGACGAGCCUCGCUGCUGGGACGAGGCCCCGCUGUCCACCGCCGAGUCCUGGCAGGACGCCCUGUCCAAACGCUGCGUCUGCAUCUCCAACAUCGUGCGCAGCCUCUCCUUCGUCCCUGGAAACGACACCGACAUGUCCCGGCACCCGGGCCUGGUUCUGAUCCUGGGCCGGCUGGUGCUGCUGCACCAUCACCACCCCCAGAGGAAACGAACGCUGCCCAGCUACCAGCGGGAGGAGGGGCAGGGGCGCGCCUGCAGCCAGGACGAGUGGUGGUGGGACUGCCUGGCGACUCUGCGGGAGAACACGCUGGUGACGCUGGCCAACAUGGCGGGACAGCUGGACCUCUCACUUUUCCCAGAGAACAUCAUCCUGCCGGUUCUGGAGGGGCUGCUGCACUGGAUGGUCUGCCCGUCCGCAGAGGCCCAGGACCCGUUCUACUCGGCUGGCGGCAACUCCUCGCUCUCGCCACAGAGGCUGGCGCUGGAGAUUCUGUGUAAGCUGAGCAUCCAGGACUGUAACGUGGACCUGCUGCUCGCCACGCCACCCUUCAACCGCCAGCAGAAACUCUACGCCACGCUGGUGCGUCUGGUCGGGGAGAGGAAGAGCCAGGUGUGUCGGGAGAUGGCGGUCGCCAUCCUGUCCAACCUGGCGCAGGGAGACCCCUCGGCAGCGCGGGCCGUCGCCCUGCAGAAAGGCAGCGUGGGAAUUCUGAUCGGCUUCCUGGAGGACAGCGUUGCCAUGGCUCAGUACCAGCAGAGCUCGCACGGCGUGUUGCACGCCACCGCCACACAUGAGCCACCAAGCAUCAACAUGAUGUGCCGCGCCGCCAAGGCGCUGCUCGCAAUGGCGAAGGUAGAGGAGAACCGGGCGGAGUUUGUCCUGUUCGAGAGCCGGCUGCUGGACAUCUCGCUGUCGGCGGCGCUGAACUCCUCGGUGGCGGCCAUCAUGUGUGAAGUACUGUUUAAAAUCGGCCGCUCGUGACACAAACAGCGCCACGGAGCAUGCUCAGUGGCCUCUAAAGGAGCUCCGCCCAUGUGAUGGACCGGCCUCUAUUUUAUUUUUAUUUAAAGAACAGAAGUGAAAAGAUUUUAAAUACAAAUGGAUAUAUAAAGAAUAUAUAACGCUCCAUCACGAAAUGUUUAUUUGGGAUUUUUAAAUAAUUUUAAUACAAAAAUAUUUAAUACUUGUAUUUUUAAUUUUUUUAUUCUUUUGUUGGUUUGUUGUUGUUUUUGUUUUGGUUAUAACCACAGUGUGACGCUGGAGAGCGAUCGGGUUCUGGCUUUGUGAUGUGGUCUUUUUUUCUGAUUAUGGGGGCGGGGUUAGUACAAAUUUGGGGGCGGGGUUAGUACAAAUUUGGGGGCGGGUCUUAUUUAAAGUGACAUAUUGUAGAUAAGCCUCUUUUUUCUCUGGACGGGGAAACACUGAUGUUUUUUGUUUUGGUGCAAUACAUUUGUUCGGCGUUUUUUUUACUCUUAAUGUGAAUUCUUUGACCGCCUGCAGUUUGACCAUCUUCAGUAUUUUGCCGACCACAGCAGUAUCAAACGUCACGUUCUGUUUUUUAACUAUUUUUAUGUGUCCAAUCAGAUCCCCUCCUCGUCAUCCUGCUCCUGUAAAUAGAAGAUGUACAUUUGACUCUGUGAAUGGAUGAAUCAUUUAUAAUCAGGACUCACCUGGACGUUUAGUGUCCCUGCAGGUGAGCUCCUGUUUCUGUAUUUAAGGUAAAUAUUCACCUGAGAGGGGGCGCUUGUUUUCAGAGACUGUAUGUACAGGCAGAGGGGAGGGUGGAGGGGUGGAGGGGGGGGUUGUUGAAACUGUACUCAACAUGUUGCUAACUGACAAAACUCCAGAAACAGUUAUAACAAAUGUAAAGAGAGAAAAGAAGAAAAUCUCUACAUCCAUCCA